GGCUAUGAGAAAAAUUUGCGGCGAAGGCCGUGAAGCGCUUGCGCGCGGUAGUACGCGGCACGGCGGCCACGGCACGGCAGCCCCGCAGUCAGCGGCGCGGCGCGACGCGAUUAGUCUGCGCCGAUACGCUUCUCCACGUUUCAAAUAAUCCCGCGCUCCCGCGCACCCCCCUCACGUCAAACUAACUAAUUGAUUUAUACCCCCAAACAUUAGUAAGCGAACUUAUACCAACUUUCUGUGCGACGCAAUCAACAGUGCUGUUAACUUUUUUUAAUCGAACUACUCAAAGUUUAUGACUUUUAAGUGUAUUUAAGCUUGUAAAAGUUUUAUUUUCGUAUGUUAUUUUUAAUGUUGGAGCCGGACGGGCACCAAUAUGUCAUAGUGAAAUGACACUGGAUGAAUGAUGCGAUCUCGCUUGGUGAGGUGAUCGUAAUGGGGCAUAUAGCGAGCGGAGUAAAACCCGCUUUAUGGCUAUCUCUUCUACAUGGCUUCCUUUUCCUCAUCGCUGAUUCCGGCACUGAAUCACCUCAAGAUCACUCAACAAUGGAUGUCUCCUCACGUCACUUCAGAGCAGAAUUUCUUCAAGAAUGGCAAGGCUCUCCAGACGCACCCUACUUCGACCCUAGUACGCCUAGAAAUAUAACUGGACUGGUUGGACAUCCAGUGCGAUUGCUGUGCAGAGUUAAAAACCUGCAGAAUAGAACGGUGUCAUGGGUCCGUCACCGCGACAUCCACCUACUGACAGUAGGCCGCUACACGUACACGUCGGACCAGCGCUUCGAGGCGCAGCACAAGCCGCGCUCCGAGGAGUGGGCGCUGCGCAUCCGUAGCCCGCAGCGCCGUGACUCCGGCCAGUACGAGUGCCAGAUAUCUACCACACCGCCAAUAGGACACGCUGUCUUCCUUAAUAUCGUUGAACCAGAAACGAUAAUAUCAAGUGGUCCAGAGCUGUUCAUUCAAGCUGGUUCCACCAUCAACUUGACCUGUACCGUGCGUCACACUCCCGAGCCACCCAGCUCCAUCACCUGGACGCACGGAGAACAGGUAAUAAACUUUGACUCUGCACGAGGGGGAAUAUCACUGGUGACUGAGAAAGGUUUGAAGAGUACCAGCCGCCUCUUGGUGCAGCGAGCUACGGGCUCCGACGCUGGAGUUUACACAUGUGGACCUAAUAAUGCUCCUUCAGCAGCGACAAGGGUCCACGUACUAUCUGGUGAGCACCCUGCGGCGAUGCAACAAGGAUGUGCUAAAUCAACACUAGAUAAGACAGCAUCAAUCCUAUGUUGCCUGUUAACAAUCUACGUGCUAAGAAAACCUUCGUUCAACGACCUACAGUUCGGCACUUGAAUGUAAAAAGUUAUAUCUAAUGAACCAUAAACUGAGUCAAUAAUUCGUAUCGUAAUUUUAUUGCUUGAAAGUAAAACAAGCGUGAUUUAAUAGGGAAAAGGGAUAAAGGAAAUGUGUACUUUCGGUGCCUAAAAAAACUUUGUUAAAAAGUCACGGGCGGCGUCUUGUGAAUAGACAACUUUAAGGCUCUCACAGUGUUUAAUGUCUCGUUAUUUGUUUUCAUCAAGUUACUUUGUUAAAGUGAUUUUGUUUAGGCUGUUUAACAUUGAGAAUAGCACUCUCAUCGCACAACAGUUUUGUAUAAAAAUAUUUCAGUAAGCGACAUUUUUUUAAUAUACUAAAAUUUAUUUGAAUGUUUAAAAUCUCUUUGUAAAUAUCUCUAUCGCUUUGUAAAUACUUAAAUGUAUUAAAAUAAAGUUAUAAUCUGUACAGUUGUCUGUCUGUCAUGUUAACAUAAUGAAGGGUUGCUGAAACUCAUGUAUCUUGAAAAGGUAUUGUUUAAACUCAUUAUCAGUUACGUAAGACUAUAUAAUAAUUAAUUAUUACAAGCAGACAGUGAAACCCUUCUAAUUGUAACUAAGGUUCUAGCUCUAGAGAAUUUAAUUGACAAGUUGAAAUGGAAAAUAACCGUAAUGUUCUAAGACCUCGAGAUUUGAAGGUUUUUGCAUAAAGAUAAGAAAUAUGGCGAGCUUGUGAGGGUUUAACGGUUUCUCGACAGUCUAUGGUGUUUUAAUGGCGGUCGCAGAUGCUUAUGAAGUUCUCAAGGACUAUAUUAUACUCUUUUGAAAGUCAUAGGCGAGGAUCCGGCUUAGAAUGGUCAUCUAUAAAUAUUUAUAUCAGAAAAUUUAGAGUAAAAGUACUUUGUUAUUUCAGACAUGAUAAGGUUACUUCUAAGCUGUAUCCUAACAUAAACUGUCA